AUGACGAUGCGGGCCGAGGGCAUGCUGUCCUGCCGCUCCCUCUCCUUCAGCGGCGCCGCCUUCCGGCUGGUGCCGGUGGCCCUCGAGGGCGCGGCGCGCGGGGUGUACGAGGCCGCGUGCGCCCUGUGGCAGAGGGCUCUCCUGGUGGCCAAGAGGCUGGGCAAGGCCAAGAAGUUGGAGGUCAAGCGCAUGAAGCAGAAGAACAACUCGGAGGUUAAGGACCUGUCCUUCUACAUGAGGUCGUUCUGGGCCUGCCAGCAGCAGUUCUUCCGCCAGCUGCUCAUCUGCGCGAAGGUCGACGAGGCCACCAAGCUGGCCGAGGCGGCGCUGCUGCGCGGCGAGGCCGUGGUCAUAUCGAUGUGGUCCACGGGGGAGAGCGUCACGCAGGCGAGGCUCCGGCGUGAGGGCCCCGACGCCGCCGAGGCGUUCGCGUCGGCCCCGCGCGAGAUCGCCCUGCGGAUGUCCGAGAAGAUCCUGGCGCCCAUGGUGGAGCACAUCAGGUGCGACAGGGAAAGGAGCCAGUUCGAGGUGGAAUUGAUAGGGCUGGGGACGGCCCUCAAGGACAUGCCGCUGCCCGCCAACCCCCUCGACGACCUGCUGGCGCGCCUGGGGGGCCCUGGCAAGGUCGCGGAGCUCACUGGGCGCUCCCGCAGGCUCGUCCGCCGGGCCGGCGGCAUGCACUGGGAGGACCGCGGGGACGGCGCCAACCUGGCGGAGCAGGAGGCCUUCCAGUCUGGCCGCAAGCUCGUCGCCAUCAUUACCGAGGCCGCCAGCGCCGGCAUCAGCCUGCACUGCGACCGUCGUCUUCCGACCGCUGGCCAGCGCCCGCGCUACAUCUGCGCGUGA